GGGGGUUUGAGGAGGCGGAGGGCAGGUGGCGAUGCGCAGACAGUGACAGCAGACAGGAGCGAGGAGGGAGAGAAGGAGGGUGAUGCAGCAGCGACUGACAAUGACGAGAAGAAGGCCAAGGCAGUGGCUGUGGCAGCGCCAGCAGGAGCGAGUCUGUUGGCAGCCGCAUCUGGUGCACCUGCAGUGAACAAGCACCUUGUGCUGGGGUACCUCAACCUCUUCUCUGACGGCGUGCACAACUUCACAGACGGCAUGUCGCUGGGCUCGGCCUUCCUCCAUCGGGGUGCUCUUGGUGGCUACUCGCGCAUGCUGUUCAUGAUCGCUCACGAGAUUCCGCAGGAGGUGGGGGACUUCGGCAUUCUGGUUCGCUCGGGUAUGGGGGUAACUCAAAGCCCUAGCGCUCAACUUCCUCUCUGCCCUCACUGCUCUGCUCGGCACUGCUGCUGCUCUCAUAUUCGGCGGGCAAGAGGCGCACUCGGGACUCAUAGAGGGCUUCACGGCAGGAGGGUUUAUCUACAUUGCAGUGGCAGGGGUCAUGCCUGACAUGCACGCACAGGGGGUUGACAUCCUCUCUACUGGCAUUCAGCUCGCUUCGCUUACAGCAGGGGUCGCUGUAGCUGUUGUGAUCUCUCUCUUAGAAUAGGGUAACUUGAAUUGAGUCACAUGGUAACUGACAUGCCCGCACAGGAAGUUGUCAUCCUCUCUACAAGCAUCCAACUCGAUUCGCUUACAGCAUGAGUCGGUGCAGCUGUUGUGACUGACUUCCCUUCUAGAGAUGGCUGCCACUGAUGGAGUGCUUGUUAGACACCGUGCAUGUGCAUCAUUACCACCAACAAUUCACCGGGUGAGCAUCAUCUGACUCUCAUGCAAUUCACUCCUGGUAGGCACGGUUCCUGAAUCCCCUUCUACAUGGGGAUACCGGUAGUUAAGCUGGGGAGCAGUGUAUUAGCAAGUGCAUAUAAAACAGCUAACUAGCUACACUUACGGAGUCAACAAGACAUCUUUAUUUCCGAGUCAGAGACCUGGGCUGCAUUGCCUGUGAUGUACAGUAUCCAACAGCAACCACUCCGAUGUUUUAGCUAGGGAGAAAAGGUGACGAAGAAAAGUGGAGUUGGACU